ACAAAUAUCUACUCGGUAAUUAAAAUUAAAAAGAAAAGAAGUAAAAACCCGCCAAGGCGGUCUUCGUCUGUAAGAGGCAAUCCAAAAACGCGCUAAUCCUGAAUUCAUCAGUCAUCACCAACAUCAAAUUUACUCAAAACCCUAAUUGGCAAUACGAAGCGAUGGGGAAUGCUAACUGUGUAUUCUGUGGAUGCAUAGAACAAGCGAGUGUCGGUGUGGUUGAGAAAUGGGGACGUUUCGACAGGCUCGCAGAACCGGGGCUUAACUUUUUCAAUCCUUUCGCCGGCGAAUGCCUCUCUGGAAUACUCUCCACCAGGAUUAGUUCUCUCGAUGUAAAAAUCGAGACUAAAACCAAGUUGCUAGUUACAAUUCUAAUAUUAGUCGUUUCGAAAUUCACUCCCGUUAAUGCAAUUUUUGCUCAAAUGUUUAUUGUUAGUCAUAAAUCACAAAUUACAUGUUUAUAAUGCUGAUACAGAUGAUACUAG